AUGAGUGAGAGUAAAGUUUUUGUUCUGGGUGUUCAGAAGUCAUUAUCAAGCGAAGGAGGAGAACUAAUUGAUAUCCAUGGUGAUGGAAUGAUAGACAUUGAGGACGCUACCAUUGUCGAAAGAACGUUGAGGAUGAGGCGCGGCGAAGGGAGGCGAAGGCGUUAUGGGUCGAUGCCAAGGACUACAUGUCAUAGGCGCCGUGCAUUAGUGAGUGGGUCGGGGGCGCUAAUGGUGAGGUGCAAGGGUCAUCGGGCGCCGCAAGCAAGGCGUCGUGGUCAUCAGGCGUAA